ACCGUAGGCUACACCAUACAUCUUAUAAGUAGGAGGACAGUUUCAAGUCGCUAAAUUUUUCUCCUUUUGCAAGUGGUCGGUUCAAAUGAAUGUUCUUGCCUUUUUAUUGGUAUGAAAGGGCAAGUGCAGUAGUUUUCUAAUGACAGCAGUAAUGUUAUUUCUCUUACGCUAACUCUGGGAUAGCUAACGUGCUAUUCAAGUGGCAACACACAGGAACUGCAGCUAUUGGGAGAAGGUUAACGUCCAGCAAAUUCCUUCGUGAAGGCUUUGCCAUGUCUGCAGUAUCAUGGCGGGAGAUCUGCCUGCUGACUGGGCUGGUGAUACUUUGUUACUGGAACAGCUUGUUUUGUGGUUUUGUUUUUGAUGAUGUGUCUGCCAUAUUGGAUAACAAAGACCUUCGACCCUCAACGCCGCUUCAAAACCUCUUCCGAAAUGACUUCUGGGGAACACCAAUGUCAGAGGAGAGGAGCCAUAAAUCGUACAGACCACUAACUGUGUUGACAUUUCGACUGAACUAUGUGUUCAGUGAGUUAAAUGCUGCCUCUUACCACUUAUUAAAUGUGGUACUUCAUGCUGUAGUGUGCAUUCUCUUCAUGCGGGUCUGCCGUCUCUUCCUUGACGGAAUGUCCAGUCUGUGGGCCGCUUCACUAUUUGCUGUGCACCCCAUCCACACAGAGGCUGUAACCGGUGUGGUUGGUAGGGCUGAACUGUUGUCGUCAAUAUUUCUGUUAGCAGCAUUUUUAGCCUACACUAAAUCUAGGAGCCCAGAUCAUUCCAUCGUGUGGACGCCCAUUGCAGUCACAGUCAUCCUGGUUGCUGCUGCUACUCUUUGCAAGGAACAAGGGAUCACAGUCAUUGGGAUCUGCUGCGUUUAUGAGGUCUUUGUUGCACAAGGGUUCACCUUGCCUGCCUUGCUGGACACUGUGCUGCAGGUACUGCGUGGGAAACAUAUGUUGCCGUAUGGCAUGCUGCAAACGCUGCUCAAGCUCAUUGUUCUCAUCAUCAGUACACUGCUGUUGGUGAUCAUCAGAGUGCAGGUCAUUCAGUCACAGUUGCCAGUUUUCACCAGGUUCGAUAAUCCAGCAGCGGUCAGCCCUUCACCAACCAGACAGCUGACGUUCAACUAUCUUCUACCAGUCAAUGCGUGGCUCUUGCUAAAUCCAUCUGAGCUCUGUUGUGAUUGGACCAUGGGUACCAUUCCAUUGGUUGAGACACUUUUGGACACCCGUAACCUUGCAACCGCAGCCUUCUAUUCUUUUGUGGCUGUCCUAGCCUGUCAGAGUCUCCGGGAUGCACACAGUUCAGGAAAAACGGUUAUAAUGGCUCUGUCUUUAACAAUCCUUCCUUUCAUCCCAGCAUCCAACUUGUUCUUUCCUGUUGGGUUUGUAGUAGCAGAGCGGGUGCUUUAUGUACCCAGCAUGGGGUUUUGCAUAUUAAUUGCACAUGGAUUCAAAGCGGUUUCAAGAAAAGGAGCAUCAAAGAAAAUAUCAUGGCUAUUGAUGGGAAUUCUCCUGUUAACACAUGCUAUGAAAACUUUCAACCGGAACUGGGACUGGGAAUCAGAGUACACCCUUUUCACUUCAGCAUUAAAAGUGAACAAGAACAAUGCAAAGCUUUGGAACAAUGUGGGACAUGCUUUGGAAAAUCAGAACAGAUACGAAAUAGCCUUGAGAUAUUUUCUGCAGGCUACACGAGUACAGCCAGAUGACAUUGGAGCUCAUAUGAAUGUGGGGAGAACUUACAAAAACUUAAACCUAUCCAAAGAGGCUGAAGAAGCAUACAUGGUUGCAAAAUCUCUGAUGCCACAGAUAAUUCCAGGGAAGAAAUAUGCUACACGUGUUGCACCUAACCACCUGAAUGUCUACAUAAACCUUGCCAACUUGAUUCGGGCAAAUGAUUCACGUCUGGAGGAAGCUGACCAGCUUUACAGGCAAGCCAUCAGUAUGAGACCUGACUUCAAGCAAGCUUAUAUAAGCAGGGGGGAGCUUUUAUUGAAGAUGAAUAAACCUACAGAGGCUAAGGAUGCCUAUCUCAGGGCCCUUGAGUUGGACCACACCAAUGCUGAUCUCUGGUACAAUCUGGCCAUAGUCAACAUUGAAAUGAAGGAGCCCGCAGAGGCCCUAAGAAACUUCAAUCGCGCCCUUGAGCUAAAUCCACGUCACAAGCUGGCUUUGUUCAAUUCAGCUCUACUCAUGCAGGAGUCUGGUGAUGCAAGACUCCGUCCAGAAGCAAAUCGCCGUUUCCUCACUUAUGUAGAAGAGGAGCCUAAUGAUGCAAAUGGCUAUUUCAAUCUAGGGAUGCUUGCCAUGGAUGCCAGUGAGAAUGAGGCAGCUGAACACUGGAUGCGGAAGGCCGUCCACCUGCAGGCUGGCUUUCGAAGUGCUUUGUUCAACUUGGCACUACUUUAUUCCCAGUCCCAACGGGAGCUGGAUGCCCUACCUGUGUUGGAUGAGUUGUUGCGUUACCAUCCUGAACACAUUAAAGGCCUCAUUCUAAAAGGGGAUAUCCUAAUGAACCACAAAAAAGACACACAUGGAGCCAAAACCUGUUUCCAGCGCAUCUUGAGCAUGGACCCCACCAAUGUGCAGGGCAAACACAACCUGUGUGUGGUCUACUUUGAGGAACGAGACCUUUUACGGGCUGAGCAGUGCCUCCAAGAGACACUGGCCAUGGCUCCUCAGGAGGAAUAUGUCCGCAGACACCUGAACAUUGUCCGCAAUAAGAUGGCAGCAAUUAGUGCUUCAGGGCAUGUUUUGCUACCAGUAGAGGGUGCUACUUCCUCUGUGACUGAGGGGGAAAGGAAGGAGAGGAAAGGGCAGGCUGUGAGUGCAGAAGCCAAACAGGGGGAUGGGAAUGAGAAGAAUGUACGGAAAUCCUCCCCUGUAGAAAGCUCUGACAACCAAGGCCAGGACCAAUCAAAAGACCUGGAGGAUAGCCAACUUGACAAGCGGACUAAGAGCAAAUCCACAAAAGAGAUUAAAGACAUUGAAAAGAAAAGAGCAGCUGCCUUGAAAAGACUAGAAGAGAUUGAGCGCAUAUUAAGCGGUGAUUAACCCUGUUGUUUAUCUGCCACGACUACUUUUUAUAGAACAAUUUAAAGCACAAAUGUGCAUCCAUUCAAAACAUGUCCUGUUUGUCUUUGCAUGUCUUAUUAACUCUGUGUCAGAGUUCCUUAACAGAUACUGUUUAGUAAAAUAGAGACGAUCACAUUUCUCAGAAGAUAGUUGAAAGAACCCAUGCAAAACAGAAAAUAGAAUGGUCCUCCUUGCUGUGAUUUGAUGUUAAUUUAUGUUUUAUGCAUAUUGUUUCUUUAAAAAUCACUGGAUCUGUGUUUGUUACUUGAUUUUUAUCAUUCUGUGAUCUCAUGAUCAUGCCAUUUUAAAUAUAGCUGCAGAGUGGCUUAGAUAAUCAUGACCUCAUAUUGCCAUUGAUUUAAUCUCGAGUCAAAGCUUAUCACCUCCCUCCAGAUGGGUAUGGGUGAGUUCCUGCAUGCAUUGUAAUCUUGGUGCCUUAGUUCAUAGUUAUUUCAUUGUGUUAACCCCCUAUCCUCUAGUUCCAACAUAGCUACACCAUUUGCCAUUGAAUUGUUUGGUGGCCAAUUUCACAACACCUUUUCCCUCUUCAGGGUUGCAUCAUGUCGUUGUAUUCUGGUUAGACAAGUAAUGAUGUCAUUUAAGAGUACUGUUUUAACCUGUAUUUAUGUUUACUUUUUUGUCACUUUCACGUAGGACUUCUUCCUUCUUUUUGCGUCUCAAUCUAUUUCUUGCCAAGCAGCUUCAGAAACUUUUGAUUUGUCAUCUGAUUUAGAUGCAUCUUUGGCAUCAUUGGUAAAUAGUUCAUUGGUAAAUAGUUCAUAUUUACCAGCACAAAGCAAAUAUAACACACAAACUGUAACUUGAACCUAAAUUAAGAUGGACUGUUUUCCUUUGUGUUUAUAAUUGAUGGCUAGACCUAUGUUUAAGCAUUAAGAUAUCAGAAUAUGUAUCAGUUUUCACAUUGAGAUUUUAAAGAUAGUCUUUCAAUAUUUGCACUCCCACUAAUAAAAUGACAGUAUCUCCAA